AAAGAGUUCUCACUUGCUGACAACAGCCAUGGUUUUAACCAGCUUGAUUUGGAAGUAGCUAUUCCAUGACAUUAUACAGUAUGGCUAUACCGAGGAUGUGUGUGUAGCAUUCGGACACAAGAUGAAGGAGUCCGCCUCUUUUCUUAUGUUUUCUGCUUUCCUCUUUAUCCUGAUUAGUAUACAUACAGCUAAUGCGGCUUGUCUAAAUUUCCAAUGUGGUUGGAAGGCAGAUUGCAGAAAUGACACCUGUGAAUGUCCAGCGGGUUACACUCUUCAUCCUAACCAGAGAGAUUGCAAGACAGCUGUUUGUGUUGGCGAGGAUUGUUUAGAGUGUGACUCAGAAAAAAAAUGCCAAAGAUGUACACAUUUCUUAUCUGAGCAAAGUCGUGAGUGCUUGGAGAAGUGUAAUGGUGAAGCUAAGAUAAUACUGAGUGGGGAGCUUCAGGGAAGUGUUUGCACAGAGGUGAAAAGUGAUGAGAGUAACCUGGACAUCAUUAUAGGCAUAGCAGCUGGUGUUUCUGCGGCCAUUAUCCUCUGUCUUAUCAUGGGAAUCAUAGUCUACUGCCACCUGAGGAAAAACAGGCAAAAAAUUGAUCUACAGCAACAGAAGUACAAGGCGGAAAAUAUGCAACUUGGAAAGUUAACAGCUAUUCCUACCUAUGACAACAAAGCUUAUGAGCCUGAUGUGGAUAUUUUGCGGGCACGACUGAGUGGAGUCGUCGACCGUGACCAGUAUCAGGUUGAAUACGAGAAACUGCUCCCGCAGGCCGAAAUCCUACUGAUGCUUCUCAACCAAAUCCGCCGUAAACUUCGAGCCAUGGGCAACAGUGAUCCACGUGUUCCUACAUACAAGGGUGUCAUCCAUCAGCUGUGUAGAGUUCUUGUACUCCUCCAUAAGAAAGAACCAGUUUCCAGCAUCCCAGCUGAUGCCUUAGGAUUAUUCGAAUGGGCGCAUCAACUUCUGGAGGACUACCAGUUUGAAAAUCAGGAAGAGACAACGCCCACAUCCGAGGAGGCCCCACCUAGUAAAAUCUCUUACAUUGAGGUACCGGAGGAGCAGCGUAAGAGUCUAUACCACCAGUAUGCUAUCCCUCAUGUAAAUCGUCAGAAGGCCAACAACGGCCACAGCAAACAGCCGUCCACGGCGUCACGUCACUCGGACACUGGUUACUACAGCAGUACCCCUGUACCCAUAGAAUACCAUAGCAAUACCAUUCCAGUCACACGCAGUAGCACAUUUCACCCCGAGCCCAAGUCCUCAAAAUCCAAAAGGAAGGAAAGCCGCAAGACUAAGAGUGCAACCAAUAUACACCACAAUCUUCAGGGCAGUGACUUGUCGAUGGGGUAUUUUACGAAUGGACGGUAUUAUGAGCCGGGACCACAACACGAAAUAUAUGCUCCAGCCAGUUCUUAUAGUGAUCGCAGCAACCACCUCUUGUCAACAUUCCAAGCAGUAACAGUUCCACGCACACAGUCUUUCUCUUCCUCUUUCAGCAACUCGGAUGGAUUGCAAGAAGCUUCAGACAGAGAAGAUAGGGAUGUAGAAGGUGAAGAAGACACCAGUGAUAACGAGGCUUUGCCCUUUGACCCUAAGGAUGCUACAGAACCAAUGGAGGUCUGAAUUUUCUACUGAUUGGAUGGAUACCGAUUUUAAACAGGGUGUCAGUAUUACAUAUCAUUAAGGUGUCACGUUCCUAUAUUGGUGCAACAAUAUAAAUGUACUGUGUGUAGUUUAUAUUUUCCAUACUGUAAUUUUGUUAUAAACAUUUAAUCCCAUGGUAUUGAUGUUGUGGUGUUUGUGUUUGUGAGGUAGAUUGUGUAAUUUAACUUGAAAUGUCUGCUUUCUUGCUAAAUCUGGGAAAUCAUCCAGGAAUAAAAAUCUCAAAAAUAACUCUCAGAAAUUAAUGUUAACAUUUUUGCAUCUUAAAAGCUUAUUUUGUUAGCUUUAGGGGAAAUAAUAAUAGUUUAACUUAUGUUUCUUUCUUCAAUAAAACUAUUUGACAUGUACUGCAAUAUUGAAAUCUUCAUGUUUUAGAUAAUUUUAUUGUUUUGUUUAUAUACAUUCGCAUACUUUUUUUUAGUUUUGAGUUCAGUCCGCAAGAUAUAAAUCAAAACAGUGUCAGAGUCAGUUUUAAUUAAAAACGUCUUGUGGGGAAGUCAUUUUAUUUUAACAGAAUUAUUUGGUGCUUUUUUUAUUUGCAAAUUGUUUUAAUUUAUAUGAUUGCUUUUCACCAUACCUGUAACUUUAUUCUUCUGCUGAAUAUUUAAUAAAUAGCUGCCUUUUGAGUUAUCGUCAAAAUUGCUGGGGAAUUUCUAGUGUUUAGAUAUUAUAUUUUACUCCAGAGUUGCAAUGAUGUCAAAGCAACGAAAAGCACAACAACAUGUUGGACGCAACUUCCUUUCCAUUCCAUCUUGGCAAAUAAUCGAGUGAUAAUAAAAAUGUUGUUCAAUUCCAAUCUGUGUAACAGUAGAGAUACUUCGUAGCUCCUUGAGUCUGACUCUUUCGCAAUUUCAUCCUAAACUAUUUCACACAUUUCUAGUACACAAAAAUCCUUAAAGUUGCUAUCGUUACAUGAACUUUGACAAAAUCAUAUAUAUAUAUAUAUAUAUAUAUAUAUAAAGAGAGAGAAAAAUGACAAAAAGGGUUAUUAUUCAUUAACAAAAUGUUAAUCAAAAAGCAAUAUAACUGGAUUUAAGAUUUCAGAGACAGAGAUUAAUUUGGAAACAACUCUGGAGAUAGCUAAUGAGAGAGGCAGCUAUUAUAUGGGAUUAAUUGUCCUAAAAUUUUUGUUUUUUUGUUUUUUGUUGUUUUCACUCUUUUAUAUCUGCUGAAAUCCCAUGGCCCUACUUUGUUGACAAUCACAGGCUUACACCUUUCCUUUUAUGUAUUUGCUUAAUUAUACAACAAUAUGAUUAUUUGGUACACAGCCGGGUAUAAUACAUUUGAUUUUAGAUAAACUUCAAUUUUAUUCAGGUUAUGAAAUAAUUUAGUACGAGAACAAGGAGGAAAUUUGUCCUUUUUCUACGAGAAUCACAUUGAAAUUAUUUUAAUCUAAUGGAAAUUUUAUUAAACAAAAAGAAAAGUACUGUUUUUCUUCAAAUAUUGUUAUGAUUUUUUCAUAAAGUACAUUACACAUAUACAAUAUAUAUCAGGGUAUUACAUGAUUUGCUCCAAAUAUUUUCUUUCUCUCUUUUUUUUUUUUUUUUUUUUGAAAUGAUGCAUUGUUUAUCAUUGAUUGUUUUAAGUAUGCUUUGGCAAACAUUUGUAUCAACCCACUUCAGACAAAAAUAUAUAUUCUUUUUUAAUAUGUUGGUAGAUUUUAACGGCAAUAAAUACUUGCUCUGGGUGAUAAACACCACAAGGUGUUAUGAUUUUACCCUGUUUUCUCUCGUGAUAAUAAACAAAAAUAACAUGAAUUUUUUUUUUUUUGUCUCUUCAUACACCAUAUAAAAUAUCAGAUGUAGAGAAAUGAAAACAAUUCAUACUCUACAAACAGUGCUGAUUUGCAUACACAUAUAAAUCAAAAUAUGGCAAGACUAGUCACUGAGGGAUCAUAUUUAUGUAUUUAUUGAAUGCGGUUGUUGUCUCAUUUUAAUUUAUGAUUUUAUAUUUUUAUUUGAAAAUGUAAAAGUUAAUUUUAAGAACAAAAAAGUUAAUUUUAAAGUGUCAAUCAAGUUGUAGUUAAUUUAGAAGAACGUGGUUGUACUAAAAAAUUAACAAUUAUAUAUAAAUAAGAUGUAGUUUUUAAAUAUCAAUUAUCGUAAUAGUUAUUUCAAGGUAAUUUAUUUUUAGAAUAAUUGAGAAAUUUUUAAUUUCCCCUGUAAAAAUCACAAAUUUAAAUCUAAACCAUUGAAAAUCAUAUGUAUAGGAUUUUUUUCUUUUAUAACUAACCAUAUGUAAACAGCUGAGAUUACAUAAUAGUUCAAUGUCACUACUAAAUUUCACAGUUUCUAUUGAGGCUCCUAGAUUAAUGUUUGAUAAAAUUAUACUGAAUGUAUGAAAUUUUAUGAAAUGUUACCUGUCACUGCAUCGACAUUCUGUUCAAGGAAAUCCAGUAAUAUUGAAAACACAUUAUUGUGUAAAACCAUUAUUAUUCUUUGUGUUGAAUUGUAUCCUCUAUACCUCCUAGAUAUUUCAUCUGUCAGUUUCAAUAUCUUGUUCAUUUGUGGUUUCAAUUUCACUAACUCUUCAAUUUCCAUUUAUGAAAAGUUUUGAAAACUGAAUUGAAUCUUCAACCAUUCCUUGUUGAAAUUGAUAUAUAUUUGUAAUGAUUGCACUUGUUGAAAUGGAUUUACAUACAUUUAGCUGUCCUCUAUCUAGUUCUCUAUCCAAGUUAUUAGUGUUCUUUGAAAAAAGCAGAUAUUUUGUUUGUUAAAUAUAAAUGAUGCACUAUCUGCCAUUUUACCUAGUUACUGUAAUGAAUAUAUAUUUACUUAUCAAGAAUCAAAUUCCAUUUCUUGCCAGUAAACAAUUUAUUUUUGUACUCCAUAGUACUAAUGCAUAUCAUGAAAGGACUGUUCAAUCUCAAUGUUAAGUAUUAUUAAAACAUUCCAUAUAGAUUUUAUGUUGUAUGUUUAACACAAUUGAAAUGAAGUUCAAAAUGAUAUCUCUUCUGUCAAUAAAUAUUUUAUCUCUGUUUCAAAUUUUCUGCUGUACAAUUGUAUCAUUGACACUGGAGUAUCUAUACACUACAUGUAAGUAGCUAUUGUUUGGCACAAUUGGAUUAUUGACACAUAAGUAUCCAUACACUACAUGUAAGUAACUAUUGUUUUUAAAUACCCAGGUAACUUUUAGAUAUAGUAUUGUGCCUUAUAUAGAAAUGUAUUAUGUAUAAUGUAUAUGUACUUCAUAGAAGUUUUUUUUAUGAAGAAAAAAGUUAUAGUAAACUAGAAUUUUUUUUUGAAGAAAAAUGUUAUAGUAAACUUAUUGUUACAUAUCAAUUUAAUCCAAGUGUUCCAUAACAAUAAUCCAAGGUUUUUAUUUUUUAACAAUAUAUACAUAAUUUUAUUCUCAUUAAGUUGCAGGAAAUCAUUUUUUUGUUAAUUCCGCAAUUUUUAUCUGGUUGUGAACUUGGCUGGUUUUGCUUUUGCUUUUUAAAGAGAAAAAAGAAUGUGUCUCCUAUUACUUCCACCUUAGUUGGACACUGUAACUCGUUAGUGAGAUAUGGGUUGAUGAGGCUGUUAUAUACUCCUUUCGUAUAUUUAUUUUAAAUCUAUGAAUUCCUGUAGAAAUUAUGCAAUUUAUUAUUUUGCCUCAGCUUAAUAUUGUCUCACAAAAUAUAUUCUCAGUGGUGUGUUCACAUGUAAUCUCAAUCUCUUACUUAAUUAUUCUCACUUUGUUAGAUUAUUAAGGUUGUGAACAGUUGUACAUGCAUUCAAGAAAAAUAUUAACGCAAUAUUGAAUUGAGCAAUCUAUAUAUAUAAUUAAAUAACACAUUUUAGGUGCUAGAUUAUUCAUUUUUAAAGGCCAUCAUAAUUGUUUAAGAGUUACCUCCCUUUGAGGUUUUAUUUUCUUGUGUUCCUUUUCCGAAAUUAAGAAAAUUAAAAUUAUCUUUCUUCCUGAUAAUAUCAAUGUCUGAUGAAUUCCCUGAUAAUAUGUCUCAAGAUAAUUUCCAUGUUGUGUCUCAAGACACGAUUUAAUAUGUCUCCAGGUUAAUUUAGAGCAGAUCUCCGAUUUCAUUGUUACAGAUUAAAAGAGAAACAAACAUGCAUAUCUACUUAUUAUCACAGCAAUCUAUAAUUUACCACUUUAUAUAUACAUUCUUACUAUGUAAUUAUAUAUCUAAUCAUUUAUCAAUAACAAAAUUUGUUUUUGUAGCUGUUUUUCAUUUAAUUCUUUUAAGUAAAAUAUUGGUGUAACAUUAAAGUGGUCUGUAGAGUAGAUAACAAAAAUCAAUUACUGAUAUAUUUUUUUUAAAGAAUUAAUUAUAAUCAUUAAUUGAAAUAAUUUCUAUUAUUCUAAUAAGUAAUAAAUUAAAAAAAGAUGAAAUUCAAUUGUUUUGCUGUCUAUAACAAAUGUAAAAUACAUGUUUUGAUUAAUCAUAUAUUUUCUCAUUUUUUCCGUCCUUCAUACAAGAAUCUGGGUUGUUAAAAUGGUUGUAUAAGUGUGUGCAGUUGUUUAACAAGUCGAUUAAGUGGUGCUAUGAGAUAUUGAUGUAUAGAGACUCUUUCGUAUUAUUAUAUGAUAUUGUAUUUUCCAAAUUGUAGGAGUCGCUAUCUCAUCUACACCCUUGGAAUAUAUCACAGCAAAAUCAGAGUUUUUUUAUAGUUAGCUAUUUAAUUGAUUACAGAAUAAAAACUCUGACUUUAACCAUUUAAUUUUUGGAUAUUAUCAUGACAUAUUCCAAGGGCACGGAGAAUUUAAAGAUAUCAAAAAGGAAACCCUUUGUUUUUGGAAAUGAUAUAAUCAUCUAAGAAUCUUAAAUUUUCAAGAGUUUGGUGUUAAGAAGAAAUUGUGAGAGACUGUUUAAAAGCCAAUGUUUAGUAUGUUGAAUAAUUACAAGAAUGUACAAUGUUAAUUUAUCACAUAACUGACCCGUUCUGCCAUGUCAUACGGCCAUGUCAUAAAUAUCGUAAGACAAGUGUAAUAACACUAUUAUGACGUCAUAUAAAUAUGUGACGUCACAUGAUUUUCUUGCUAGACAGGAACUUUUUUUAGCCUGUCUUAUAUAGUAAUGAAAAUUGAAAGAUUUUUGCUUAUAUUCUCAUAAAUAGUAGUAAUGUGAUAAAUAGAAUCUUACACUUGUGACUAUGUCAUGAAAUUUAUAAAACUUGUUCGAUAAGUUGAUAUGCUAUUCACCUAAAGGCUCCUGGCAUAUCAAAUUAUUGUAUAAGUUUAAUAAAUUCCAUAUGACAUGGCCACUCAUGUAAUAUUCUCUACAUGUAUAGAGAAUUUGAUUGUUAUAUACAUGUACUGUAUACCAAGAAUUACCUACAUUCCCUUAAAAUCUCUCGUCUUUCAGUAAAUUCCAUGACAUGUGUUAUUUGAAUUGCCACACAUACUAACCAUGCAUAGUCAAUCAGAUUAAAAUACAUAUCAUCAUUAUACACCUACACUAUGAUAUUGUAGUGUAUAAGAAUGAUCUUUAUUUUAAUCAGAUUUAAAUGUUAUAGUAUGCUGUGUGCAAAUACCAUCAUUACAGAGGUUGAAAAAUGUCAAGUUUUCAUUAACUGCCGUGAGAAUUGUCCUGCAUACAGUAGUAUAAAUUUUAAAGGAUGUCUUAUUUGAUGUCAAUUUAUUGACUUGCUGUGUUCAUAGUUUGCCACUGUCAAGGAAUUCUUGUUGUAAAUUGUAGCUGAAUUUUUUCAUACUUAGUUGUAAUUAUGUCAAACUUCGUGUGAUAUAUAAAUGAUACCUCAGUUGUAUACAAGAUACACAGAUUUUUGUAAAGAUAGUGUUCUCAUCACACUAAAAUUAGUUUUCCAUUGCUUGUACGCAGAAUGCGGCUUUUUGAUUGGUUGAGAUUUUGUUUCAUACCUCUAUGAAAAAAAAAAUGUAAAUGGCGUGGAAAUGUGACAUCACAAUAUGGCCAUUGAAGUUGCAUAUUUGUGAAAAAGAAUCCCUUAUAAGAUCAGUUAAAUUUAACAUUUUAAAAAUCAAUUAAAAAAAUUAAUCACAUGUAUAAGCGUUGAUGUCAAUUAUGUUUUAGUUUCACAGGGUUAUGAAAACAAAUUUUUUAAUACCCAAUGAAACUAAAAAAAUAAAGACAUCAGUGCUUAAAUAGAUUGAUUAUUUGAUGAAUCGGAUGCUGUUGUAAGUAAUCAUGGUCACCUAUUUUUGGGUAAACAAGAUUUAUAUUCAACCGUUAGGUUUCACAGGGACAUGACAUGUUCUUAUGACCCAGAAUGAAAUAAUUGACCCCAGAGUCUGAUCCGGCCAUGAACCUUAGGGGGUAUCCCCAACCCCCAGAUAUCAGUAAUCUUAUAAUUAAGUGAUCUGGGAGACGGAACGUGGGGUUAAAUAUUUCACUCUGCUUGGAAUAUCUUAUUCUGUCUUAGUCAGAGGAAUGGAAUGUGUCAAGCCCCUGUGUACCUAACUAUUAGUCCGAGAUCCUACCAUGACAAGUAUACUGUAUUUACUGCUGUGCGGCAUGCAUUGAUGUGUCUAAUUCUCGAUUUGGUGUUUGAAGAAUGUGUGUACAAAAAUGAACAUAUACGUAGAAAAUUAGAAAUCCGUAUAAUUACAUAUAUAUUGUACCAGUCAUACAAUAAAUAUCUAAAUAUGUCUAUCCAGAAUUAUGUGUAUUACACAGUAUCAGGACUACAGUCUAUAUGAACCUAACUGGAUGUAAUUUAAUGUAGUUAUAUAUACUGUAUAUAUAUUUUUUCAUGAAAACAAUAGGGUAAUUGUAAUGAUAAUCUAAUGUAUUUCUCAGUGAAUCUCAAGUUUUAUUUUAUUGACGAAAGAAAAUUUUAUUUUGAUUAAAUAACAAUGUAUUAAACUUAUAAUUAUACAAAGCCAUUUCAAACUUUAAGAUAAAUCAUUGGAUAAGCUUAAUCUGUUACAUUCCAUAUUUGGGAGAAAAAUGAAGUGUUUUGCUCAUUUUUUAUGAAAGAGGAAAUGUUAUCUGUUUAUCUACAUCAAUGACAAGCUAAAAAGGUCAUCAAACUGAUGAUUUUAUAGCCAUAUUUUUGAAAAUAAUUUGCAAUAAGUUAGGUACUCUUUCAAAAAUUCACAAGAGAACCAGAGGUAAAGCUUAUGUUUCUACAAUAAAUACCCAUAUGGUUAAGGUGUUUAAAAUUUUAUUUAUUUAAAUUUUUUCUUCGAAAAAAAAAAUUCAAACAUAUAAAAAUAAUUAAAAGUAUGUAUUGUAACAAACACAACUUGUAUCUAAUUUGUGUCUUAGUAUGACCAGAUCCUGGUUUUUUUUCUACAUUCUUAACUUGAAGGGAAUUCUCAAAAUUAAAAUUUUCCAUGGGGAAGCAGUAUUGGAUUCUACCCAAAAAAUCUUAGCUAAUGACAUUUCUUAAAUUCUGUUAUGUUCUCAAAUGGGGAAAAAUUAAGUAGGCCUAUAGGAAUUUAUGGACUAAGGAAUAUGGAUGAAACUGAUUAUGUCUAUUUAGAGGGCAUUGAGUCAGAUGGAAAUAUAGGAAUAAUUAUUAUGUGAAUUUUUCAGUCUAGUAAUGAAUUGAUCAUUUGAAAUGUAAAGCCUACAGUAAAAACUAUAAAGAUACUUGUAUCUUACAGCAAAUAUUUACUUUUGUAACCCCACCCACGAAAUGUAUCGUCUGACAGUGUUAGAACCUGUUAGUACUUCUGGAAGAUAUAAAACUUGUAAAUAAAGUGUACAUUCAAUAUUCUAAGUAGUGAGAUUAUAUAAUUAUAAUACUGUAAAGUCAAUUUUUAGUUUGUCUGACAAAGCACGCGCUUGUUUGUGUACUUAGGUAAGUAUUUGUGUGUCAUAUCAGUUAUUUUAUGAAGUGCUUUUUGAUGCAUACACGAUAAUGAUGUAAUUAUCUUAACUCAGUAAUAAACUUAUUUUAUCAAGAU